AUGACAAAAGUCUGGGACCUCCCCUGGUUGCCUGACUCCCAUGACCCGUCUGUUCACUCAGAUUCGCCUGCGCAACAUCCUGAUUUGAUGGUGGCAGACUUAAUAGAUAAUGACCAGGGAUUUUGGAAUCAGGAUUUAAUAUUGCAGUUAUUUAUUCCCAGGGAUGCUGGCUUGAUUUUACAGACCCCGGUAUGUGUGGAUUUUAAGGAUGAUUGGUACUGGGCGGGUUCUCCCAAAUGGAAGAUUUUCCUUUGGAGAGCUAUCACUAAUAUUUUGCCAACAAUUACUAACCUGGUUAGAAGAAGAGUGGAAAUUCCAAAUGUGUGCCCUGCUUGUGGUGUGCUUGAAGAGGAUGUUAUGCACAUUUUAUGCAAUUGUGUUUAUGCUAGACAUGUGUGGAAUGUUUCACAACUCCAAAUCCCUAACUUUGGUGAUCAUGAUUUUGUGCAGUGGGUGGAGCUUUGGCUAGGGAACUCAGCAAUAUCUGCUGGUUUUCAAAAAGAUCAAAUAUGUGGAAUACUCUACGAAAUAUGGAGGGUCCGGAACAUGGCGGUUUGGGACCUCGCUUUGCCUAACCCGUCGCAGCUUUGUGCCUCUUUUCACCGAACCUGGGCCGUAUGGAUUAAAUCAAAUGCUCACGACAGUGUUGCGCCGUUACUGCCCAUUGCUACUGCUUUGCCACAGCCGCUGUCCGAAGUAUCGCCUGCCAUACUACACGAGGCUGCUGCAUCUCUCGCCCACAAUACCGUGAUAUGUAGUACGAACGCUGGAUUUUAUGGGUCACAACACGCACCAACUUUCGGCUUCUAUGUGCGCAACCCGGAAGGUGUUUUUAUAGCAGCGGUAAAUGGCCCCCUCUCUUGCCCAUAUGAUCCGCUUUUAGCCGAAGCAAUGGCAAUACGUGAGGCUCUCUCAUGGCUUCAGGACCACAAUUAUCACAGUAUUGUUAUUUUGACGGACUGCGCAGUUCUCGUGGAUAGCUUCCGAGACGUCAGUUUGUUCCGCUCGUAUCUUGGCAUUGUUUUAGACUCAUGA